UAGCCUACUUUACAUCAUUACAUUAGCAUUAUUUAUUACAACAAAUAUAAACAUUAAUCCACUAAUUACCGUUACAAUAAAUCAAUUCACUACAAAUUAAUCAAUCCCUACUAUAUAUAUAUCAUAAAAAUAUUCUCCACUCCAAUCAAUAAUAACCUUCCCCAACAAUUAAACCAUGGCCGGCGCCGCCGUCGUCCUCCUCCUCCUCCUCGCCGGAGCCACCGCCGCGAACUCCAUCGGCGUCAACUACGGCACUCAAGGCGACAACCUCCCGCCGCCGUCCGACGUGGCAAAGUUCCUCAAAGAGAAAACCAUAAUCGACCGCAUAAAAAUCUUCGACGCGAAUCCCGACAUCCUCGGCGCCUUCGCCGGCACCGGAAUCCUGGUCGCCGUCACCGUCCCGAACGGCGAUAUCCCCGGCCUCGCCGACCUCGGCGGCGCCCGGCGGUGGAUCUCGGCCAACAUCCUCCCCUUCCACCCCCGCACAAAAAUCAAUUACAUCCUCGUCGGCAACGAGAUCCUCCACUGGGGCCCGCAGAACCUCCGCGACAACCUCGUCGCCGCCGUCCGUACGCUCCACGAAGCUCUCCGGCUCGGCGGCGUCCGCGGCGUCAAAGUCACCACCGCCCACUCCCUCGGCAUCCUCGAGUCAUCCUCCCCACCCAGCCUGGCCCGAUUCCGCCGCGGCUGGGACACGGCCGUGUUGGCGCCGCUCCUCCAAUUUCACCGCGAAACCAAAACCCCAUUCAUGGUCAAUCCCUACCCUUACUUCGGCUACAACGCCGGCGCCGGCGGCAACGCCGACUUCGCCACUCUCCGGCCGAACAAAGGCUUCUUCGACAAAUUCGUCCGCCGCACCUACGGCGACAUGUUCGAUUUGCUCAUGGACGCCGUCUACAUGUCGAUGAAGCGGUUAGGGUACGGCGACGUCGAAAUUGCGGUGGGGGAGACCGGCUGGGCGUCGCAGGGGGAGGCGUUCGAGCAGCCGAAAUGCUCGCCGGAGAACGCCGCGGCCUACAACGGCGGGUUGAUCCGGAAGUACAAUUCGGGUCGGGGCACUCCAUUGAUGCCUAAAAGAAGGUUCGAGACGUACCUGUUUGGGUUAUUCAAUGAGGAUCAGAAAACCGGUCCUUUGUCAGAGAAGAACUUCGGUCUUUUCCGGUCCGAUUUCUCCCCGGUGUACGAUGUCGGGUUAUUGCGGACCGCGGCGCCUUCUUCUGCACGGCCUAUUCAGAAACCUAAAUUGUCCGGUGGUAUUCAAAAUAGUAAAAAGUGGUGCGUGCCAAAACCGGGCUCGACCGAUGCAGCAUUACAGGCCAACAUAGACUACGUGUGCAACCAACCGGGGUUCGAUUGUGAGCAAAUUAAACGGGGCGGUGCAUGUUACGAGCCUAAUACAGUUAGGGCUCAUGCCGCGUAUAUAAUGAAUUUGUAUUACCAAAGCGAGGGCCGGAAUGACUUCAAUUGCGACUUCUCUAGCUCCGGUUUUAUAACCUCUAUCGACCCGAGUGUUGGAUCUUGCAAGUUCUUGUCUUGAAUCUACACAUACUCGAGGAUGAUUCUAAAAUUAUUAUUAUUAUUUAAAAUUGUUGUUGUUUUUGUUUUGAUUGUGCUGUGCAAAAGGUCUACAUGUGUAUUUUAGCGUGCUAUAGAAGUAGUACAUGGUGCUUUGUGAGUGGUACUCUUCUAUUAGCUUAUAGAUUGGAUAUAUAUAAAAUUUCUACAAAUCCAUUUAUAAAAAAUAGCGUAAUAAUGAUUUUAUUAUUA